AUGAGACCAUCUUUUGGAAAAAAAGUUAAAUAAGAUGAUUCUGAUAAUAAAUUUAAAGAGAAAAUCUAUCGCUCUAUGUAUCCAUCCCCUUGUUCUUCAUAGUAAAAAAUUUAUAUUUUGAAAUUAUUAGCGAUCCAAAUAAAUGGCUACAAAAUAAUGAUAUUUCAUGGUUGUCUCAUUCAUUAGAAUAGGAUAUAGAUAAAAUUCUAUAGAUAGCUGUUCCAUAACCACUUAAACUAUAAAAUAAUAGAAGAGCUAGUGCAAAUGAUAUUAGAGAAGAUAUUGAUAAUAAAGUAGGAAAAUAAAAGAGAAAUACUUGGUAUGUUGAAAAAUAACAUGAAGAUUAACCUAAAAACAGUAAACUCAAAAUAAAUAUGAGUUCUAUUAUUUGUGAAUUUCCAAUUUAAAAAGUUACAAGGUAAUCAAUAUCUGAUUAACCUAAAACACCAAAUUGUUAAANAUAGAUAGAUCUAAGUGGUAAUAAAGUAGGUGAACAUGCUGUUAUAUUAGGGUUGUAUAUGUAAAGAUUGACUCACAUAAAACUUAAUGAUUGUGAUUUAAGAUAAAAUAUAAAUGAUAUCUUGAAGAGAUUACAUUAUUCAAAUCUUAAACAUUUAGAAAUCAAUCAAAAUAGAAUUGAAGACUUAAAAGAAUUAAAGACAUUAUUAAUGAAAAAUAAGGAAAUUGAAAAAAUUUGUUAUGGAUUAAAUAUGAUUAACUACAAACAACAUUAAGAAAUUUAAAAAAUCUUUAAUUUGAAUAUUAAAUAUUAACAAACUCAAAUAAUCCCAAAAUUCAAAUAAGAAUUAUCUAAAUUGGGAUAAUUUGAAUAAGAACGUAUCAUGAUUUCUAGAAAAAUGUAAGAAUUAAAUGAAAAAAAGAUGGAAAAAGAAUAAGAGCUCUUUACACUUCAUUAAAGAUUAGAUAAGACUAAAGUUGAAUAAGAAUUAUUAACAAGAAUAAAAGAAAAAGAAUUAAUAGAAAAAUAAAAUGAAUUAAUAUCUGUUAAAUUAUAAUUUGAAAAUAUAACUAAACUAACAUCAGAGUUAAAUAAUGAUAAAUAAGAAUCAAAAUAAUUAUUAAUAAAUACUAUUAAAGAAUAGAAUUUAUGCAAAUAAUUGAUAGGUCCUAUUGAAAAAUUAUAAGACAAAUUAGAUCAAUUAUUAAUGAGAAAAUAAUACAUAAUUAAAGAAUUAGAACAUAAAUUGCACAAAUAAAAUAUAAUAUAUAAUAGAUAAGUAUUAGAUUUUGAAAAAUAUCAAAAAUGA